AAAAAAGUUUCUGUUGAAAUGCCAACGUUUAAAGACGAUUCACCCGACGGCGUUAUUGUCGCAAAGUUUAACGCCCAGUGGAUAUCUUAUUCACAUACUCUUCUUGCUUAUGCUGCAUUUUUUUCGGCAUUGGCUAUUGGUUGCUGGACACAUUAUUACCAAAUUGUAAAGAAUGAAUAUUGGGGAUAUCCAGAGGAAUGGUUUCCAAGUGUUAGUGCAGCCACUGGAGAUUGGUACCCGGCUCGUUCGAUUUUUCAAAUCUUUAUAGCGAUUGCGUCAGGGCCUCGCUUUCUGCUAAUAUAUUUAUUUUACCUCAUAACCGAUAGACCAAACAGUAUUUACCCCAAAAUUCAUGCUAUUGUUGGUGUAAUACGUACUAUUUCUUGUGGUGGAUGGGUUUAUAUAACUUCGUCAGAUGAUCAUUAUGUUCAUGACAUUGCAAUGAUUUUGUAUUUGGUGGCAAAUUUACCUUGGAUGUUGGGCACCUUGGCUAUAGGCCCCGAUAAUAAAAAAGCGUUAAAAUGGCGAAAGUUAACUACCUUUGCAUUUUUCGGAACUAUGAUUCCUAUGAUUUACUUUUUUAUUCAACAUAAAUCUCAUCGUGUUGCUGGUGCUUACACUACAUACGCGUUUUUCGAAUGGUCUUUGAUUGUAUACGAUGUUAUUUUUGAUGCUUUCAGUUUAUUUGACUUUAGCAACAUUGAAUUAAGAAUUGUUGAUAUUAAAUCGAGAGAAGGGAUUAUAAAUGCUAGCACAGAAAAGCCUGAAAAGUCCAAAAAAUAUUCUAGAAAUAUCGAGUCUAUGUUCAAAUAUAGUUUUUGGAAUAAUUUAAGAGGAUUUGUGGUUGAUACUUAUCUUGCAUUUGUGUAUUGGUCGAUGCUAACGUCACUUGCAUUGACAAUUUGGUAUUUCCCCCUCUGGCAUAUGGGCAUAUCCGGUUAUGAGGCAUUCUUACUUGUAACCACUGCACCAUCAUUGCUUGGAAUUGGAUUUAUACGGAAAUUAGUCAAUUUGAAUCAUGGUGUAUUUCAUCUUUUAUCACUUGUUAGUAUAGCGGCAUAUUUAUUAAUUGACCCAGCUCAACGUCUUACUGUUGUUUCAAUCGGUGUUGCUAUUUCAACAUUGACUUGGACAUCCAUAUGGGUCGAGAAUAGCGAUAGUACUUGUAAAAUAGAACGACAUGCUCUUACUUGGGGUUUGGGAUUGAUUUUAAGUAAUGUAAUAAAAAUGGCCUGGUGGACUAAUAAUCCAAUAUGGCCGAUUAUGCACAAGGAAAAUGGUGGAUGGAAUCAAGUUGGGCUUUUUCUUGGGAUUCUUGCCUCAUUAGAGGUCAUGUUUCGUAAAAAUGGAGAGAAAAUACGAAGAAAUUAUCCCGAGCAAAGAACAAUAUCUUCUGGAUCUUGGUUUAUAGCGGCUGCUGGAUUUGGAUCACUUCUUUUUGCGCUUCAUUCUCUACUAACUGAUACUUCCACAAUUAUUCGUUGGGUUUAUGAUGGAUAUCCAAAUACUGGUCCACAACCUGUCCCUUGGGGUGCAGUAACUAUUGUCGCAAUGUCUCUUGGAUUAGUUCUUUCAUCUUAUAGAAAGAUAGUAACUGGCAAACCUUGGUAUGUAGUUGGAUGUGUAUCUUGUGCAUGCAUGUAUUAUUAUCCUGCAUGGAAUGGAUAUUAUGGUGGGCUUUUGCUUACUAUCUAUUUAAUGUCCUUGGUGCCCACAUUUAUUGGAGUCGUUUCUCAACAUCCUCCUGGAAGAACUUUUUUUGCAGCGAUGAUGACAUAUAAUAUCUUUUGUCUUGCACAUGUGUGGGUUGUUGCCUAUGCUUUUGUUCCCGCUGGUGAAUACAUGAGAGAACAUACCGAUUAUGUAUUAUUUGCUAUGAUGGCACUUAUUGGACUUGGUGUUAGAAAUGCUUCUACUAAUUACACAUUUAAACAUUUACAAUUAAAUGCAUUGCAUUUAAAUCGUUCUUUAACAAGAGGUGGAUUAGCAAUAACGAUUGUUUUAGGAUUUUUAGUAGCAUUUUCUCGUACUCCAUCAGAAAAACCUGUACCUUACCAUCCAGACCAAAAAGCAUUUACAGCUGGUAUUUGGACAAUUCAUUUUGCACUUGAUAAUGAUAUGUGGGCAAGUGAAAUCAGAAUGAGAGAUGCUAUUAAAGAAUUAGAAAUCGAUGUUAUAGGAUUAUUGGAAUCAGAUACUGAACGUAUAAUAAUGGGUAAUCGUGAUUUUACACAAUUCAUUGCCGAGGAUCUUAAUAUGUAUUCAGAUUACGGACCAGGUCCUUCAAAACAUACUUGGGGAUGUGCUUUACUUUCAAAAUUUCCUAUACUAAGAUCAAAACAUCAUCUUCUUCCAUCACCUGUGGGAGAACUUGCUUGUGCAAUUCACGCAACUCUUGAUGUUUAUGGUCAGGAAAUUGAUGUAAUCGUCAGUCAUAAUGGACAAGAAGAAGAUGAACUUGAUCGUAAACUACAAACAACAGAAUUAGCACGUAUUAUGAGAGAAAGUAAAAAUCCUUUUGUAUUUUUAGGAUAUGUUGUAACUGUCCCAGGGGAAAAAAUUUAUUCUAUGCUUAUAAAUGACGGAAAUGUUCAUGACAUAGAUAAAACAGAUUAUGAUAGGUGGUGCGAAUAUAUAGCAUAUAGAGGAGUUAAACGAAUAGGAUAUGCUAGAGUAAGUCAUGGACGCAUAACGGACACAGAAAUUCAACUAGGUAAAUUCCAAAUCGUUGAAAAUUAUAAUCCUGAAACCUGGAAAGCAAGUGAUAAUCAAAUUCAAGAAAGUGAAGUUAAUGAGAGAUUGAGAUUUCCCAAACAAUUUAAAGGCGAAGGAGUUCGUGGUCAUAAAUAUCAUGUAUUUGAUGAACCUCGAUAUUAUAUAUAAUUUUAGUAAUAGUAUAUUUAAUAAGAGAUUUAAUCAUAAAUGCAAUAUUUCAAAUAAUAAUAUUUAACCUUUUCAAAAUAAGCUUAGAAUAAAAAGAUAAGAAAGUGAUAAGAGUAUACUAAUUUUAAAUAUAAUUUGUUAAUAAUAAAAAAAAAUAUAC